GCUGAUUUGAUAUAAAUCAGAGAAUCGAGUCAAAAUCCGAAUCCCUCCUCCCCAUAAUUCAGCCGCUAAACUUUCCAAAAAGAGGUCUAGCGCCUGGGCUGGUUGAAAUAAUCACCUUUCCUGUGAAUUGUAAAGCUUGUUGCAAUGAACACGGUUCAUUUGAAUACCUGGUUUCUUGUUUGAUGCCCAUAUGGCCAGAACAGCCCGCGGGAUGGAAUGACGCAUAUGUGAGGCAUUUUGCCGUCACUCAUUGAGUAGUUAAGUUACAACGAAUGACGUCACCGCAACAACUUCCCCAAGAACAUCAGUAUAAUGGCUGAAUAGAUUUUUAAUUAAACAUCAAUCUCAGCUUAAAGUCGUUCAUCAUGGCCCCUCAAUAUUAUGAAAAUCAGCUUGAUCUUAUCACCUUAGAUGAUGAGGUACUGCACCAAGUGCUUCGUGAACUGCAAGGGGCUGUGAAGCGCGCCACAGACAUUAUCAAGAUAAACGUCCCUGAACCGCUUCCCGACGACAAGAAUGCGUUUGGUUCUAUCUACAAUGGGACUCUUGGGGUUGCUCUUAUGUUUCUCCGUCUCCAGCAACAAGCGAGUUAUGUUGAGGACGGCGAGGAAGCCCCGCGCCUAGCAUCAGGAUUUUAUGAACGGGCCUAUUCAAGAAUUAGCUACAGUGUUUCAGAGACCAGUCACUUGAGGCCUGGGCGAUUAUCACCGCUUGGGUCAUCUACUCUGGGCGCUUGCGUCCUCCGAGUCUCCGCAGCCCUUGCCGGACCUACUUUGCAGAAAGCGUCUGACCUUGACAUCGACAUACUUAAAACCGCCACAGAGUUCGCUAUUAAACAGGGAACAGUCCUAGGCGGUGAUGAAGCAUUAUACGGACGUGCUGGGUUGUUACUGGCGCUUUUGCAGAUCCGACAACAGUGCAAAGACGAGGAAAACACUGCAGCGUUAACCCCUGUCUUCACAAUGAUCCCGAGGCUUGUAACUAUUAUCCUGGAGUCUGGAAGGGUAGGUGCUACUGAUUACGAGGAUGCAUACGGAGAUCAGGAUGUCUUGCCACUCAUGUGGCCAUGGCAUAACAAAUAUUAUCUCGGAGCAAUCCAUGGGAUAGCUGGUAUUUUGUCCGUUCUUCUCGCCUGCAAGCCUGACGAGCUUGACGACGGCACCAUUAACCACUUACCGAUUAUUGCUGAAACUAUAAGUGGGCUAUGCAAGCUUACUAUUGAGAAUGGCGGCGAUCUCCCUUCUUCGCUUCCCAUCCGUUCAUCCUCCCGUUAUGCCUCUUACGUGCAGAUCUGCCAUGGCUCCCCGGGAAUGCUUAUCCUCCUUGCCCAGGCGCGAAACAGCACCCAGCUAAUGCGCUCAUUCUGGGAGCCAGACUGGGACAAAGCCAUCCGGAUUGGAAGUAGGCAAGUGUGGGAACGAGGAUUACUGUUCAAAGGGGGCGGAAUAUGCCACGGCAUUGCGGGAAAUGCGUGGCCCUUGUUAUUACUGCACGAUAGCUUUGAAUACGGGAACGAACGCACGGAGCUAGCGAAACUCUCGUUCAAGGAUAGAACUGGCUCUGAUGCUUCGGCAGAGGAGGAACUCACGCCAGAUUAUUUCCUCUCUAGGGCCUUGACAUUAUUGCUCUACGCACGAAAAACUCCACCGUUCCAUCACCGUGAAUUCCGUGACGAACGCGAAUUUCGCUUGCCAGAUACCCCUUAUAGCCUUUUUGAAGGGUUGGCGGGCACCUGCGCUACAUGGGGGGAAGCGUGUGUGGUCAUUAAAGCCCGAUUGAGGAAACAGGAGUUGGUCGAUAAAAGCAGUGGUAUUUCGUCUGAAGAGAUAGAAAGGGAUGAAUUACUUUCUAUUCAUUUGCAGCAUGAGUUGGGGUUUCCUGGCCUUACGCUGGGAGGAUUGCGUUGAUAAAUCGUGGAAAGUAAUUCUCCUUUUCUGGUUUCAUUCGACAUUUUAUGAUUGAUAUGUGAUGAAUAUUAUUCUAGGAGGCGCUACUGCAAGUUUAUUACUAUUCCCGCCUUGUUCAAAACAUGUUGUUGGGUGGUUCGAUCACAAAGAAUGGGGCUUGAUACCUCAAAACGGGAAAUUCGAAAUUAGGGUGUCAAAUCUCCGUCGCUGAUAGUAUAUGUACGUUUCUGCAAAAAUUGGACUACGUAGCUACGAAUAUAUUAAAAGUAAUGCAAAUCAUAAAAAUAGCUUCAAAUUUCGAGGCUCUAUCAAAAAUAUGCCAACCACCGAACAUGCAUACCUCACCCAAGGAUAACGAUCACAUGCCAUCGUCUAGGCCAUCAUCCGCCAACAAUGCAGCAUAAUCAUCCGCAGACGCGAAAAGGGGCAAGUGUUUGAGUUUCCUCCUUUUCUGUCUACUCGUAGAUUUGCCUCCUUUGGGCGAGGCUUCAGCGAGUAGCUCUUCAACCCCAUUGUCCAGGUCAGAAGGCACAUCGUCAUCACUGUCCCGGAAUGCAUCUUCGUCUGAGACAUCCAUAUCGAAUGCAUCCUCAUCCCCAAAGCCCUCGAAACCGUCGAUUUCCUCCGCUGCAUGCCCUUUAUCUUGCUCUACCCCAACCCCUGACUCAUCACUCUCAUCAUUGAAAAUUACCCCUUCCUCAUCCUCGUCAUCAUCGCCACUUUCCAUAUCAUCCAUAUCAAGAUCAUCAAGCUCAUCUUCAUCAUCACCCAUGGCGGAUGCCAAAUCAUCGACGUCGAUAUCAUCGUCACUCUCACCAUCGCCCUCAAGCUCGGGUCGAGACUGAACAAGAGCCUUCCAAAUCUCUGAUUCAUCAUAACUCUCAGCCCCAUCCUUAUCCCGGGCACCAGUCUUCUUCUUCGACUUCAGUUUGCGCACAUUAUCCUUAUCCAUGCGAUUGAAGUACUCGUGGAAGAAUACAUCUUCAGCAGCAACUUUGUCACUUUCCCUUUUCCAGAACUCUUCCCUAUUAACUGGUUCCUGCGCCUUGCCCAUUCCUCCAGAUGUGACUAGUAAGCCUCUAUUGUCGCCUCCAGCGAGCGGCUGCAUAAUGGAAGCCCCACGCAUACUGGGAGCCGCCUUGGGAUUACGGUAGACAAAUCGGUCCAAGAAGUGUGUAAGAGUGUGAAUAGAAAGAUCAGGCUUGCCAGACAUAGGUUCGUGGUGCAGUAGAUGAGAAGCGUUAACGGAAACGGAGGGAUGAAAGUGAGAAACGUAGGGAAGCUAUAUUUGAUUAUUAAUGACAAUCGUCAAGGAGCUCGAGGCAGGGAAGGGAGGGAUACUUACCAGUUCCCAGAGACAACUUCUAUCAGCAUUGCUAUGUUCGGGGUCUCUUUUACGAGGGUCAUAUCGAUUUUCAUUUUUCUUCUCGGUCUGCUCCGGCGCUUGCUCCGCGGUCUGCUCUCCAUCCUCCGGAACAUCUCUAAAAAUCUCCUCGUCGUCGUCUUCGAUGUUUUCUUGUUCGUCCAUGAGCGUGGAGAGAUUUAUAAAAACCUUCUCCAGCUCCCUUAUCAAAUAGAACACGCCACAAAUGAAAGAUGGGUGAUGUAGUGAUAGGAUUUGAACCAGUCGUUUUACGAAAGCCUUAACUCUCCUGACAUUCAAGUCAGUCUUUAGAGAUUUAUAUAAGAGAUUUAGGUACAACGACUGCUUUGACGAGGAGGAUAUUCGGGGGUCGAGUAGGGACUCAUAGAGGGUUCGAUAAAAUCGGUCCAACGACACUUGGUGAGAAGACGAUAGCUGCUGGAUAAGCAUCAACGCUUGGAUGCUAGUGUUGAAGUUCGAGGAAUGGGUGAUACGGAAUAAAGUAUCAAUAUGCUUCGAAAGCCUGCCAGUAAAAAAAAAAGAAUGGUUAGCAUCAUUGAUCAAAGAUAACAGGCUGGCGGAUAUCCUUACUUUUCGACAUCAGAGCUGGUGAACGGAUAAGCUCGAUUGACGCCAGUCAAAACGCCCGCAAUCAACUUCUCGCGCAACUCAGUUUCCUGAGCCUGUCCUUUUGGAACUGCGGCGCCUCCACGUCGCUUUUUAGAUUUUGCAUCGUGUCUCCCAUGUUUAUGUUCCGAGUUGCCUGCGGAAUCCUUGGUCGGCUUCAGCAGAGCAACGAAAAGACCAAAAUAUAUAUCGAGGAGCUUUGACGCAACAUCCUCUUCGCCACUUCUCAAGACUGUCUGGUUGAGGGUGAUUAUUGCAUAAUACUUUGCAUGCUGGCUUUGGCCUGGUCGGAAAAGAAUGUCUGAUUCGACCGCUGAGAUUAUGAUUGGUUUCAUCAAAGGGUGGGACUGUUCAAGCUGUAGUAGAAGAUAAGACGCCCGCGAAGCGAUCUUUUUGUUUGGAUCACCAAGUUUAUUGACCAGGAGGCGCAACAAAUUGGACUCCUGUUCUGGCUUUUCUUUUAAGAGCUCGUAAACAUAGCUUACUGCUUUGGAUCGCGAAAAUUCGAUUUCAUCAUUACACCAAAUU